AUGACGAUGACAAGUGGUCGUGUUUCCAUUAUGAUGAUCGGUGCGGUGGCCGACCAUGCUUGCAAAAAGCUUUUAUUUAUUGAGCUAGAGCCCGAAAUCGAGGUUGAUUCCAAGCUUCUCUUUACCGAUUCUAUUACUUCUAAAGUCAAGCCUUUAGAGAUAUCACUCCAUGCACUCAUCGAUGUUCUCACUCCUCAAACUAUAAGGGUGCAUGUCGAAAUUACAAAGGUUGUAAAUCUACCAACUAAGCCAAGGCCACUCAUGAAAGUGAUGAUAACCAAUAAGGAUAAGCUUGAUAGUUGUGAUGUUGUGCUUGGAGCACAAUGGUUCCAAACUUUAGGCCUUAUUCUUUGGAAUUUUAGAAACAUGAAGAUGAAGUUUAAAGCGAGUACCACGUUGAUUUUGUUAUAG